ACUUAUCUCAGUCCCGCCCACACUCGAAUAAUAUUAUACGCCUCUGGCAGCGCCGCCAACGACGAAGCAGGAACAAUAAUGGCGACAGGGAAAACGGUGAAGGAUGUCUCUCCACACGAGUUCGUCAAGGCAUACGCUGCCCAUCUCAAGCGCUCCGGCAAGAUCGAGCUGCCACCGUGGACAGAUAUAGUCAAGACUGGUAAACUUAAGGAGCUUGCUCCAUAUGACCCUGACUGGUACUACAUCAGAGCCGCGUCAAUGGCAAGGAAAGUGUACUUGAGAGGUGGACUUGGAGUUGGUGCCUUCAGAAGGAUAUAUGGAGGAAGCAAGAGGAACGGAAGCAGACCACCUCAUUUCUGCAAGAGCAGUGGUGGUGUCGCUCGUCACAUUCUUCAGCAGCUCCAGACUAUGAACAUUGUCGACCUUGACACUAAAGGUGGGAGGAAGAUCACAUCAAGUGGUCAGAGAGAUCUUGACCAAGUCGCUGGAAGGAUCGCAGCUGCCGUCUAAAAUCCAAGAUCACAAAGCUUUUUGUUUUUUCUUGGAAUGAGUUUUGCAUUGGAAACCAGUAGUGGAAUAUCCCUUCUCUGAUUUUUUUUUGUUUUUCUUUUGAUGAGUUGUUUCUCUUUUGUUCUUCUUCUUAAACUCUGAUGAGCAGACAUAUACGCAAUCUGAUUUAAUC